AUGGGUUCUGAGAUGGUUGAGAGGGAGGUCAGGCGGCUCGCCGCCCGUGGCGGUGGAGGAAGCCUGCCGGCGUGCAGAUAUGCGGCGGGGAAGAGGGAUGAACGAUUUCAUUUUCCGCUUCACCUUCUAGCCUCUAGGGUUAUUGUCGCAAUCUUUAUAUGCUCCCAUUUGGAGAAACAGAAGAAAUCUUGGCGAAUUCUCCAACAAUUUCGGAUAGAAAUCGCCACUGUAUCACCGGCUGUGCUUCAAUUCAGAUCCACGGCCGCAAUUGAUGGGGCGCCCUGCAUGUUGUUGAGAAAAGCCGGUUGA